UCGUUUACUUCGCAUUCAGACAAUUGGACGCCACAAAAAUGGAAUCGAUCCAAACCGAGGCCAAAACCAAGACCCUAGAUCCGUCUUUGGAUGCACCCUCUAAAUUCGUGGAAAAUAAAGAUGAGAUCGAUGGCGGCGAUUCUGUAGAGGAGGAGGAGGAGGAGGAAGAAGGGGAAUGUGGGUUUUGUCUGUUUAUGAAAGGAGGCGGGUGCAAGGAGAGCUUCAUUGCGUGGGAGAAAUGUAUGGAAGAUGCGGAGAAGAAGAAUGAAGAUGUCGUGGUGAAAUGUUUUGAGGUUACUGGAGCUCUGAAGAAAUGUAUGGAAGCUCAUAAUGAUUAUUAUGAUCCCAUUAUCCGUGCUGAGAAGAGGGCGGAGGAGGAAGCUGUUAAUCAAUUAGAGAAAGAGAAAGAUAAACAAGAAGCAGCUGUCGUGCCUUCUUCUUCUUCUUCAUCAGCUGAUUGAUUAGCAGGGCGAUGAAUAAAACUAGCCUUUUGUUAUUAUAGAUGAGGGAUCUUGAAGGUAUUAUUGACUGAUAAGAAUAUUGGAUUGAUUACAUUCUUAAAGCUUUGAUCUUUACUAAUUAGGAAAGGUUAAAGAUGAUGAAUUUUAACCAUGACUUUGAUUGAUUAUAGCUGUAGCUUUGUCUUAUUGUUCUUGUUGUUUUCUUGUUAACAGAACACUACUAAAUAUUAUUAUAAUGCUUUUGCUUAUUUUAUUUUAUCAAAGAAAUAGUCUCUU